AUGGAGAACCCGAGGGCCAUAUCGUCUACGGAGCGUGUGCUGCUUGACCGGCCCCCCAGCUGUUUGCAGUUUUGUCCCGUCAACCACUCGUGUUUCGUGGUUGGAACCUAUAAUUUACAGAGCCUGGAUCCGACGGAACCGCAACAAGACUUACCAGAAAGAAGCACGUUCAAGAGGCCACAGAGUCGAAACGGUAGCUUAGUGCUUUUCCACUUGGCCGGUGACAAGCUGUAUGUUUCCAUUGGAGGUGGUGGGCAGUGCAGAGAGAUAAGCCUGGCCUAUUUCAAAAGCCUGGAGACUCUGAACCGAAAAGGUUGGGCUGACGACGUAACCAGGGUGAAGCUCCAAACGGAACCACAGCCGUCAGCGGUCCUAGAUGUUCGCUUCCACCCAACCCGGAGACAGCCGCAGAGUGUCUUCGCCGUUGUAUCUAGUACUGGCACGCUGGCUAUUUAUCGUCUCAACCCAGGUAGAGGUCCAGCGAUGGAGCAUGUCGCCACGAGUCGGUGUGGCGAUUUGGAAGAGGAUAUUUUGUUUUUGCAAUGCAGCUGGCAUCCUUCCAUUGAUAACCUGGUGGCGAUUACUACUUCGACCGGCCUUGCGCGCUUGUUGCAUCUGGACAGUGCCUGGUCUAUCCAGGGCUGGACGGACUUGGACAUCCAAAACAACCUGGAAGCCUGGUCGAUUUGCUUCUCCAAAUCAGACAACAGCAGGGGUGAAACGGGCGAGCCGACAACGGUCUAUUGUGGCGGUGACGACUCCAUACUGAGAUACACGACGUGUUCUCUGGUCCAGGGCGGCAAUGAUGCAAAAAUAGGGUCUUUCCCCGCCUCCAUAGCUCUGAAAGGGAUGCACAAUGCCGGUGUCACUGCGAUUCUACCCCUCUCGGCUUGGACACCAGCUGGUUGGCGGGUUGUCGUUACGGGGAGUUACGAUGAUCUGCUUCGAGUCUUGGCUAUACAUGAUCCGCAUGAAACCCACGGGGCAAAGCUGGCGCAUUCAUUGACAGAGAUUGAUCUGGGCGGUGGCGUAUGGCGGCUGGAUUUGAUCGACUUGAAGUCAGGCUUGUGUGGAAAGGCUUCUGUCCACAUCAUCCUCUUGGCGUCCUGCAUGCAUGCUGGGGCCAGAGUAGUGGAAAUCGGAACCGAUGACGGCCAGUGUUGGCGAAGCUCGGUUCUUGCAAAGUUUGAAGAGCAUCAGAGCAUGAACUACGCCUCUGACUGUGUAUACAACCCUCACGAGCGUAGAGUGACGUGCGUGUCGACAAGUUUUUACGACAGGCUCAUGUGUCUGUGGACGCAUAAACUAUGA